CCUACGCUCGCAACAGAGCGAGCAGUGCCACACUCGUGCAAUCACCACCACCAACAAACCAACAUCUCUGUGCUGAUCCACAGAACAUAACACUUUACAGAAAUCAGUAAAAAAAAGUCUACAAGCAAGCUCGUGGACAGACAUCAGCGCGGUGCUCGGAUACCGAUUUUAAAGGGAUUGACAUCACAUUCUUUCGCUUUUUAGGUAGAUUUCAGAAGUCCGGAGAUUGAUCGGAACGGAACACCUGUGCGUGCUUUUUAAUGCCAAACUGAACAACUGCUAUGACCGGUAAACUAGCGGACAAGAUCCCUAUUACCAUGAGCAGUUUAAUCAACACCAUACCUGACAGUCUCUAUCCAGAAGAAGACAUUCCCACUUCAAUGAACAUUUUCACAAACCAGGACUCUAUUUCGCAUUACUCACAGAUGAAUACAGAUAAUAUCAUGGACUUGGGGAUGGGCGGCGAGAAGGGAAGCGGUGAGAUUCAGUACGGCUCCGGUGGUUUUCAGUCCGGCCGAAGCGGACAGACCGUCACCUACCUGGGCAAGUUCGCUUUCGACACCCCUCCGUCGGGCAGCAUCGGAAGCUCGGGUUGGUGUCCUGAUAACAACAUCAUCAGUCUGGUGAGCGCUGGAAUCCUGGGCGUGUCGCCGUCACCCGGCAACAUCACCAACCAUACUUCGUCGAGCGGUAGCAUGGGCGGCCAGUCGUCAGACAUGGAGCAAGUAUACGCACCACCUCUUCCAGCCUACUCAACCUGCGGCGAGAUCUAUCCAGAGCAAGUGACUUUCCACCACAGCCCGGCCACCUCCUCGUCUUUGCCCUAUCCGAGCUCCGACUACCAUACCACCUCCAAAGCGGGCAUGGACGGCAGUCUCUUUUCCAUGAUCCCAGACUACAACCUCUUCCACCACCAGGGAGAUGUAGGAGUGAUGGAGCAUAAACCCUUCCAAACCAUGGACCCUAUCAGAGUGAACCCACCCCCCAUAACUCCUCUUGAGACAAUUCGAGCCUUUAAGGACAAGCAACAGAUCCAUCCUGGGUUUCUCGGGGGUCAACAGCAUGUUUCCCAACACCAUCAACCUUCUCAGACGCUCACCCUCAAACCCAUUCGCCCAAGAAAGUAUCCCAACCGGCCGAGCAAAACUCCCGUCCACGAACGCCCGCAUGCCUGCCCGGCGGAGAACUGCGAUCGCCGUUUUUCGCGAUCAGACGAGUUGACGCGCCAUCUGCGCAUUCACACGGGCCACAAACCCUUCCAGUGCCGCAUCUGCAUGCGAUCCUUCAGUCGCAGUGACCAUCUAACCACGCACAUCCGCACACACACUGGGGAGAAGCCUUUCUCUUGCGAGUUCUGCGGACGCAAGUUUGCUCGCAGUGACGAGCGAAAGAGGCACGCCAAGGUGCACCUGAAACAGAAGGACAAGAAACCCACAGACAAGGGCAGUGGUGCAGGUGCAGGGGGGAGCCAUGCUUCUCCUCCCAGCUCCUGCGGGAGCGCGGGACCCAGCAGCGCUAAUAUCAUGACCGUUACCACUUGUGCGUGAGAUGGACUUGUGCAAAGACUACAUGGAGAAGACAUGAAGGUUUUUCUUCUCCUUUUAUAUACACUUGACUCGUAUUCUCUCUCCCUCUCGAUAUCCAUCCAUUUUCUUUUGGUUCUGUUUAUUAAAGUGGCAUAUUUCCAUUGCCACUAUGGACUCAAGGAUGGGAAAAAUAGGCAGUCAAGAGUUCAAGCAGUCAGGUCAAUCCACAAGAAGAGCACUUAUAUACAGAUGCAUCACAAUCAUAAGAGUUUAACUCAGCUCUGGGGACCAGAGCGAUCUCUUGAAGCUUUAGCCUUUUGUUUCAUUUGAGUUCAAGGAUAGAUUUGAUGCUGUUUCGGUUUUCUCCAAGCGUAUUUCGGUUUGUCAUUGUGCACUUUCAUUUGCCUACUGCUUUGCAGUCGUUUUUAAUUAUUGUGAAUUAUUUAAUGUUUUGUGUUGUUGUUGUUUUUCAACAGAAUGUGCCAAAUGUAUUAAAAUACAACAGACAUAUUUCUCAACUCAUUUUAGUAUUAACCUGGCUGGCAAUAUAAUGGGAAUGCUGUAAGAUUCAUUUCAGAAAUUGGGAAAACCUUUAAGCCUAAAGGCUUAAGGAGACUGAGCUUCAAGCGAACGUUAAUAGUCUGUUGCAACAUUCCGUUGCAUUAUCCUAAUUUUUCUGAAUCUUUUCUGUAGGGAUAUGGAUGCCGUUUGUUAUCGUCAACAGACUGACAGUGCAAUAAAUGAAAAACAACAACAUCUGACUCACUUUGAAAAGUUUACUUUGUAGAGUUGAAAUUAAGACACAGCUAUGGCCUUUACCUGAUUUGCUUUAUUUGGUGUGCAUAAGGGCCAAACUUGCAGUUCUGUCACUUACUUCUGGUUGCAUCUGGUCUGAGCAUUUUGCCGUUCUAUUUUUGCCAUCUGUAUGCCUGCAUGCAUCUAGUAUCAUGUCUUUGCUAGUACUGAAUAGACCUACAGCAAUACGCGUCCAGUUUAAACCAUGUGAAAAUCCUCCCGCUGUGGUUUCUGUUGUCGUUCCUAUCAUUGUUUUACUGGACAGUUCGUUUUUAUGCUUUAACCGUCCAAUAUUGUUCAUUGGGUCCCUUUUUAUGCACAUUAUAUAUUCAGCACACAUUUUAACACACAUGUACACGCGGUUUUGAAAAUGAAAUCAGGCAAAAUUAUGGUAAUGCCUGCCUGCGAGCAUCACCACUGGGCAGGACUGAUCUUAGGAGUCAUUGUUUUGCAUUUUCAACGGCUGAGGCCUGCCUGCUGUAUGCAUGCCAUUCAAGACGUUUUUGGAUGGGAACAGUUUCGACAUUUACUGCUCUCAUGGGCAGCACUGUAAUGUGGUAUCUCCACGGUUACUCAUAUUUGGAUUCUGAAUAUUAACCAUGAGCAAGAGGGGGUUUUGUACAGUUAAUUAUACAAACAUAUUACUACAUGUUUUUUACUUGGAAUGUACAAAGCAUUGUCCUUCAGUAUUACAAUAUGUGCGUGCGUCUGUGCUCGUGUGUGGACCUUUACACUAAGGCAUACGCGAACAUCCGCAUACUCCGAAUUUAUUGACUGAAUGUUAAAACAAAAGGGUGUGUUUACAUUUUUAUUUUCCUGUUUUUCAGUCUUUCUGUUUUCGAAACUGUGUACAUAGUGCCGAAUGUUUUAUAAGUGUGUGUGCAAGAAAUGUCAAGUAUUGACAGUGUCAAAUGUGAUGCAUUCUCCACUGAGUCUCUCAAGUAUGAAUUGUUAUUAAUCAACACGGCAAAUGAUGACUUGCGGACAGACUGAAUGAUUUGUUUAAUAAAAGAAUAAGAUUAUUUGAAGGAAAAAGAAAAGCAAAAAUCUGUCUCAUUACCUUAUAACCAAGCUAUGCAUACACAGCAAAUAUUUUAUAAAUGUAUCAUAAAAAUAAUUUACAAGUACGUCAUAAUUCUGUUCAGUAUAUUACAACUGUAUUUAACAAAUUUAGACUAAGUAGUCAUUUUCUAAUGUAUUAGCAUACAAAUAUACAAUUUUAUUAAAAAGGGACUAAAAGACAUAAAUGUUUUAAUGAUUUAAUUAAAGUAGUUUAAUUCUAACCAUGUUGUGUAUAAGGUUAAAACAUAAACUCUAAUAACUGUGUUAAGAAAUAGAGAAAACUAAUAUCUUCACAUCAUAAUCUUGGUAAACUCUUGCCAUAUUGGGCAAAUCACUUCUGCAACAUUUCUUCUGGCAAUAUUCCAAUUGUUUUACCUUCUGGUGAGGGCAUUUGUUAGUUUUUUUUUAUUAUGAUUAGAGUUAUGGCUAUAAAUAGCUGACAGUGAUUUGACCACUAAAAUAAAUGUGCAAAAUGCAUCUAUCUCCUGACAAAAAGAUGCACGUCCGUAUAGGCAUUAUAGUGAAUGAGCACUUAUACGUAGAUUUUUAUCAGGUUAUUUCCCUUGCAGCUGAGUUAAGAGUUUAAAUGUUAUAUUUAUCUGGGGUAAAAAACAAAAAUUAUACAAAUCUAAUAUUGAGCUGGAAACUCAUCUACAUACAGUUGAAAUUUGCCGAAAGCUAAACAGGGAUUUUCAAUGUAUGCAUUGACAUUAUUGACUUGAAUUAUGCAUCGAUAUGGCCCUUAAUGUCAGCAUUGUGUACACAAGUAAGUUUGUAGCCUCUCUUACUGUAACUGAAGGGAAAUGUUGCAGCGAGGAUGGGUUGGUUUCCGGUUGGAGAGUGUAAAUGUUAAGUUCUGUCAGCAGACAGGUUCAGGAGGAUGUAUCUUCAAGGUCCCUCCUCUGCUUUUUUUCGUUAGUAGAGAGAUAUCUCCAUAUCUAAGGCACAUAUGGUUUAAGCAGUAUUGUCUUUAAAAUAGGCAUAUACACGAAAACAGCUUCUGGCUGAUUUUUUUUCUUUCUGUGCCAAGAUACAUCGCAAUGCAGCACCAAACUGCAGCAGUAAAAAUAGCAAAGGCAGUUCUCACAGAUCAGAUAUGAUACCCUGUGGAGUUGUGUAUACGUGCGUGUGUGUGUGUGUGUGCGUGCGUGCGUGCGUGUGUGUGUGUGUGUGUGCGUGUGUGUGUGUGUGCGUGUGUGUGUGUGUGUGUGUGUUUGAGCAAAUUCAUACUCUGAUGUAUGGAAUAUAGAGGUUUUAAAGAAAAUGGUGUUUCUUUUAAAAGCUGUGUUCUGGAAAGUUGUUAAGAUAAAAAAAUGUGGCAUUUAGAUGAAAUAACCACAACCGUCUAUAUGCUAAUACCAGUAAAAACACCAUAUUCAUUUUUAACUCUGAUCAAUUUUAUUAGCUAAUAAAAGUCUUCCUCACACCAAGUUCUGUAAAGAAACAAGCAAUCGUGACCUCUGGAAAACUUGUGCGUACGUGGUGUGUGUGUUUGAGCAUGCUUGCAUGCACCUGUAUAUCUGUGCUUGAGUUCUUCCAUUUCCGGAUUUUCCACUCUCUUUUUAAAUGUCUGGGACCAUUCAAGAAUUGCCAAAAAAAAUGUAAUUGUCUUGUGUGCUGACCAUGUAACUAAGUGCAAUACACUGUCAGUGAAACUUAAUGCCCCACUUCAGAAGGAAACUUUGAUUUUUGAUCUUGUCUUGUUUCAUUUCGUCUCAAUAUAAUAAGUAAUAAUUCAUUUGCUGUUAUUUGAAGAGCCUGAGCAGUUGUUUCAUUCAGAGCUUUACUCCCCGACGUCACAGAUUCGGCAUGAGUGUUCACUGUCUGCCUUUGGAUCAGAGCCAGGACGAACAGCCUUGUUUGUGCCAAGUGGGAUGCAGGCUCGGCUGCCCUGGAACAAUAUGCACAGAGGACACCACAGAAAUGUAAAUGUGACCCUAGUCAGCUCUGAAGCAGGCCCUGUUUCACAACACUGAUUCACUGUUUACCUGAUUGUUUUGCUCUCUGUCAGUCCGUCAAUAUGACUGAUUCACUAACAGCCAAUUGCAAAUGUCCACUGUAUACAUGGUUAAUGACUUCAGAAAUGAAAUAAGUUUUCCUUAUUGAUGUCCAUUCAAUUUCAUGGUACUGAGCUGUUCAGUAAUGUUUACGGUUUACAAUGUGCAGAUAAAUAAUUUGUUGUGUGGUCAUCUUGGCCCGAUAUUUUGGUAUCCAUAUCUUACUGCAUGUCUUGCAUGUCUCUUCUCAUAUGGAGGCACUUAGAAAGUAUGAUCACUUUUGUGAGUAUAAAGGAUAAAACUGUGGGUUUAAUCUCACCAGAAGAAGGGAUUUUGUUACGCUUUUACCUCCGAUAUACUUCCAUUGCCUUAUAAUAAGGCCACGUGUUAAAAUAUUUAAUUGUUCACAGAAAUAAUUGAUGUUUUGUGGGGAGGAAAUGUUCUCUUGAGUUUGCAUUUUGUUGUAAAAUAUAUGUUUUCCCUUUGAUGCGUACUUGGAUACACAAAUGAAUAAAA